UCCUGUGGAAGGUGGACGUUCAGGACCGCGGACUCGGCGCGCCCCGGUCCUCUCGACUGAGCCCGGUUCCGACAUGCUGCAGCCGGGUAACGACACCCGCGGAUGGGCCGAGGCGUCCGCGUCUAACCGGUCCGGCUCUCCAGACGACGGUCCCGGUCCGGAGGCGGUGGUCGUCCCGGUCUUGUUCGGGCUGAUCUUCACGGCGGGCCUGGUGGGCAACACGCUGGUUCUACUGGUCACGUGCAGGGUGUCGCGCGCGGGAGCGGGUUCGGGGGGGUCGCCGCCCGGAAACCCCACCAACAUCUUCAUCAGCAACCUGAGCGUGGCCGACCUCCUCUUCCUCCUGCUGUGCGUGCCUUUCCACGCCACCAUCUACUCGCUGCCCAACUGGGUGUUCGGAGGGUUCGUGUGCAGGUUCGGCCACUUCUUCGCGUCCGUCAGCGUCCUCGUCAGCGUCUUCACGCUGGUCGCCAUGUCCGUGGACCGCUACGUGGCCGUGGUUCGCUCCGACCCCUCCCGCGGCAUCCGCACCCGCAGGAACGCGCUGGUGGGCGUCGGCGUCAUAUGGACCGUGUCUCUGGUGGUCUCGGUCCCGGUGGCCCAGCACCAGGUCCUCAUCGAGCACCCGAGCGCCCCCAACAGCACCUUCUGCUGGGAGCGCUGGUCUGGACGAGCCAGGCACACCUACAAGGUCUCCAUGGUCCUGGUGGGCUUCGUGGUUCCGCUGCUGCUCAUCAGCUGCUGUUACGUCAGGGUUCUAUGUCAUCUUCACAAAAAGAUGAAGAACAUGUCCAAGAGGUCCGAGCACGCCAAGCAGAAGACCACGCAGACGGUGCUCCUGGUCAUCACCGCCUUCGCCAUCUGCUGGAUCCCCCAUCACGUGAUCACCAUGUGGGCGGAGUUUGGCACCUUCCCGCUGACCGACGCGUCCUUCGCCUUCCGCAUCGUCUCACACUGCCUGUCCUACGCGCACUCCUGCGUCAACCCCGUCCUCUACGCCUUCCUGUCGGAGAGGUUCCGCAAGGCCUGCGGUCAGGUGUUCACCUUGCCCUUGUGGGGCCCGGCGCCCUCCAGGGGCUCGGGGCCGCGCAGCCGCACGGACAACCCGUCCAGCACGCACUCCACCACCAACAUAUGAAGGCGGGACCGACCGUACGUGAUUGACAGAUGCUUUACUCUGCCAGGAGUGAUGACUUAGGGCAGGGGUGGGCAAACUACGGCCCGGGGGCCACAUCCGGCCCGCCAAGUGUUUGAAUAUGGCCCGCCUGUUCUUUCCAAAAUAUUUCAUUGAAACUCAACGUACAACCUGGCAUCAUGGCUUGAGACAACCUUUUGAUGGUCCAAGUAGCGGUUUUAUCAAUUUCGUUAUUUGAUGUGGUCUGAUGUUUACAAAAUGCUCCUGAAAAAAGGGACACAAGCACAUAAUAAUAAUAAUUAAAAUAAUAAUAAUAAUACUAAUAAUAAUAAUUCAUUCAUUUUUACCGCUUAUCCUCACGAGGGUCGCGGGGGUGCUGGAGCCUAUCCCAGCUGUCUUGGGGCGAGAGGUGGGGUACACCCUGGACUGGUCGUAAUAAUAAUAAUAAUAAUAAUAAUAAUAAUAUAAUAAUAAUUCAUUCAUUUUUUACCGCUUAUCCUCACAAGGGUCGCGGGGGGCGCUGGAGCCUAUGCCAGUUGUCUUGGGGCAAGAGGUGGGGUACACCCUGGACUGGUCGUAAUAAUAUAAUAAUAAUAAUAAUAAUAACAUUUUCUACCACUUUUCCUCGCGAGGGUCGCGGGGGUGCUGAGCCUAUCCCAGCUUCUUGGGGCUAGAGGCGGGGUACACCUGGACUGGUCGUAAUAAUAAUAAUAAUAAUAAUAAUAAAAAUAAAUUUAUAACGCACUUUAGAUCAAAUAAAUGAUCUCAAAGUGCACAUAUAGCAGACUACAUGACACUUUUACGUGUAAAAUAUGUGUAAAAAUAUACGUGUACAAAUGGACUGUCACGUGUAACUUAGUAUAUAGUCUGCCCCCCCCCCCCGUCAAUUUUAUUAAAUCAAUGCGGCCCGCGAGUCAAAAAGUUUGCCCACCCCUGACUUAGGGUCAUGUGACAACAGGACGUUUGGUUGGCCCACAGCAAAAAAAAACAAACAUUUUUGACCGGGUGGGCUAUGUGACCCAGCAUCACCCUGCAAUGAAAAGCAACGAGCCAAAUUGUGGACAUUUGUAAAACUUCACAAAUAACUUUAUUUAAAUGCUUUUUCCGCUUUUCUGACCUAUGAAUGUAGUUCAAAACCAGUUUUUACCAGUUUAACCCAAAGUUGCAGAUAAGGAACUUUGUGCAUUCGGAAGUGAGCCAUGAAAGAAAUUUGGGAUGGCUCACAACGCUCGCUUUCAAAAGGCGGGGUAAAACUGCCCCCUUGUGAUGUCACAAAGGGGCGGACUUCCUUAUAAGGGCGUGACUGUAAUCCGGAUAAGUGCUCUGCCCUCCCCUAAGCUUUGCUCCUUUGUUUACUUGCUUGCAAAGCCACAUUUGUUGACAAUUCCCAACGACGCCACCGUCAGGCACAAGUGGUUGGAGUUCGAUUCCCUACCAGCAAAAUAAAUGCAUUUCACACAGGACUGUUUUGUCAACAUGGGUCAGCAAGCAGUAAAUAAUUUAUCAGUGUCCUGUUUAUUUUGUCGUGGAGCAAAAGUGCUUGCAUAAAGAGAGCGGGUUGCUAAUAGCUGUUUCCCACUACACCAGAAUGCUAAAAUGCUAAAG